UUAACUUCAGUCUUGUAAUGGGCCUCGCCGAUAGUAGAGUGAUACAGAUAAUUCGUUCCCCAGUGAUACUAAAAAAAAGUGUCUUGUUGUAUAAAAGUUCCAAAACUAAGAAUUAUCCUUUGUUGUUUUAUAUAGACGGCAGUGCCAUCAUGUGGAUAUAUUGAUAAACUGAUAUGAGACAGAAAAAAAGCAUUCAGAGCAACAAACUCACAAAUAAGAAGGAAACAGUUCCAAAACCAAUUUCGAAAAAUCAAUAACAAAGUGUCAUCUCGUUUUUCAACACAACACUUUUUGUGUCAUUCAAAGAAAGUACCGAAUUGUAUAUAUUUUUCUUUGGUGUCAGGCCCCAACAUUGAAUGAUAUUACGGUAUUUGUAUUGUAAACUUUUUAUUCAUACUCUCAACAAAAGAAAAUUGUAACAAAAAAAAAGACUUGUAUAAGACUCCUUUAGAGUUCCGGUUAAAUUAACAAAGAAAAUGGGUGUCAAUGACCAUUCAGCCGCAUCCAAACUCUCGCUCGAAACAUUUCAGGAUAUUUUUGGAAAAGUUGAGCCGGGAGUUCUAAUUGAUUCAUAUGAAGAAGCACAGGGAUCUGGUCGUGGAGAUAAUUACACCGCUACGCUCUAUCGCAUUCAAUUGACAGGUCAUCGUAUAUGCUCAGCUGAUGAAGACAAGAAGCAAAUAUGGGAAAAAAGUGUAAUAUGCAAGAGACUCCCAGAAAAUAUAGCAAGACGAGAGGCAUACAAAAGUGAUAAGUUAUUUAGGAAUGAAGUCGAAUUUUACACAAAUAUAAUCCCAGAACUGAUAAAAUUUCAAAGGACUAGAAUAGCUGACACAUUUCAAGCCAUUCCAAAGUGCUAUCUGGCGCGACAGGACCUCUUAAUUAUGGAGGAUCUUCGUACUCGAGGUUUUAAAAUGCCUGAUCGAAAAAAUGGCUUGAGUAUUGACGAAGUAAAAUGUGUUUUGAAAGAGGUCGCCACAUUACAUUCUCUCAGUUUGGCAUACAAAUUUCAAAAUCCCAAUCAAUUUGAAAAUCUAAAAAAUCGUAUAAAAGAGGGAAUAUUUUGUUCAUCAAAUGAAUUGUGGUACAAGAAUUAUUAUGAACAAUUGACAAAUAACGCAAUUAAUAUGGUUUCGGAUAUUCUACCUAGUGACUCGAAAUAUAUUCAUGCCAUGAAGGAUUUCAUUGCAAGUCCAUCGUUCUUUUCGAAAAUGAUUGAAAUUGUUCAUACGGAGUCACCGUUAUCAGCAAUCUGCCAUGGUGAUUGCUGGGCAAAUAAUUUUCUAUUUAAAUAUAAUUCCGAUGGAGACCUUCAAGAGGUAUGCUUGGUGGAUUUCCAACUUAUUCGUUACAGCUCCGUAGCAUUGGACAUCGCCAACUUACUUUACUGCUGCACUAGCAAAUCGAUGCGUGAUGAACAUUUAUGUUCCUUUAUUAAACACUACACAACUGAACUGUAUAACUCGCUCAAAGUACUUUGUAAACUCCCCGAAUUCUUAGACACUGAAGAAAAAUUAGAAACUCAAUUUGCCAGCGAAUUAAAAUCAUAUGGGAAAUUUGCAUUUGGUCUUGCUUUGGAUAUUAUUCCCAUCAGUACUUGUGCAUCAGAAGAUGCCCCUGAUUUAUACCUUGUCUCAAGGACAGAUUCUACAUCUGGAGCUCCUGAAUUGAAUUUCCCUCCAAAUGACUUGUGCCGCCAAAAAAUGUCAGACGUACUUAUCGAUAUGGUAGAUGGAGGAAUGCUUUAAGCCACCAAAUCGAUACAACCCACGACAAUAUUUUACAGUGAUGUUACAAGUUCAAAACACAAAAAAAUAUGUAGACUAUUACCAUAAAUGUAUUGAUAUUGGUAGGGCACGUUUGAAAAUUAUUAUAUACCUACUUAUUUUUUUCUCUUGGCACAUUUUUUUUUAACCAUAGCCAUUUUUUAAGUUUAAU